ACGUUUCAAGCAAUAAUGAGGUUAAAUCGAAAAGUGGUACAUUUGACAGUUGCCGAAAAAUACGAUAUCCUUGAGAUGCGAAAAAAAUGUGAAUCUAGACAAUCCGCAAUGGAAAAGUACGGUAUUUCACGAGCCACCUUGUGCCGUAUAUACGCACAAAGCGAAAGGAUUAAAAAUCAUUUCGAAAGCAGGAUGGAAUUUAGCACUUUCGAAAGACGUUUAAUGCAACGUGCAAUUGAUAUAGAUAGAAUUGUUCACCAAUGGUACUUACGAUGUAAGGAAAGAAACGAACAAAUGACAGAAGCAGACAUAAAGAGAAGAGCUCUAGAAAUUAAUAUGAAGUUACUGGGAACUCCUAGUUUUAGCGCCGGCCGCGCUUGGUUCCAACGCUUUAAAAAACGAUACAGUAUUACUAAUGCGGAUGUCAAGUUACCUGUUGCAGUCAAAACUGAAACCACUGCAGCGGAAGCCUUUAAAGCUGGUUUUAACAGAUUACUGCUUGAUCGUCGGAUCAUAUUGCGGAACGUUUACAAUGUCGUUUACGCAACAAUAAUGUGGAAAAUACUACCAGAAAGAACUUGUAUUAUG